UGGAUCCGUUGGCGGGAAUGGACGAUUCGUCGACAGAUGACGAGACCGCAUCGCAAACUACUGAGGAUGACCCCCAAGUGCCUGAAAACCAUCCCCCGCAGCCUCCGGAGCCGACUCCUGCACCGCUCCCCGUUCAUCCACCUCCACCGCCCGCUCCAAGCACCACCCAGCGCGAAAAGCCCCACUACGCGCUGCGUAACACGUUGCGCGGCCAUACACAAUCAAUAUCAGCUGUCAAGUUCAGCCCAGACGGAAAGCUCCUUGCCUCGUGUGGCGCAGAGAAGGUCGUCAAAAUCUGGUCACCUGAGACUGGAGAGUUCUUGAGAAAUCUGACAGGACACACACAAGGGCUCUCAGACAUUGCUUGGUCGUCGGACAGUGUACAUCUUGCAUCUGCUUCGGACGACACCACUAUUCGGAUCUGGGAUGUCGAAACAGGUCUGACCCACAAGCUGCUCAAAGGCCAUACCAAAUGGGUGUUCUGCCUCAACUACAAUACCGCCUCGAAUCUCCUCGUAUCUGGUGGCUGCGACGGGGAUGUUCGAAUAUGGAAUGCAGCGCGAGGAAAGUGCAUGAAGACACUACACGCUCACAUGGAUUAUGUCACGGCGGUGCACUUCAACAGGGACGCGACACUCAUCGUAUCCUGUGCCCUGGACGGGCUCAUGCGGAUAUGGAAUACGAGCGACGGACAAUGCUUGAAGACGCUCGCCGAGGGGCAUGAUGCAAUUUGGCAACACGUUCAAUUUUCACCCAACUCAAAAUAUAUCCUAUCCACCGCUCACGAUAGUGCGAUCCGAUUAUGGGACUACCAAACGACGCGCUGCUUGAAGACUUACACCGGCCACGUAAAUUCGAAAUAUUGCAUCUCCGCCUGCUUUAGCGUCACUGGAGGCAAAUGGAUAGUCGCUGGGAGCGAGGAUCACAAAACCUACAUUUGGGACCUCCAAACCCGCGAGAUUGUCCAGGUUCUCGAAGGACAUACGGGUAUUGUCGUCGCAGUGGCGGCCCAUCCCACGCAGAACAUGAUAGCUACGGGUUCGAUUGACUCUGACUUGGCGAUCAGGAUUUGGGUUGAUCCGGGACCGAGACCAGGGGCCCUCAGAAACUUGAGGUGAG